AAUCCAUAUAACUGCAUUGCUUCCAUAUAUCCCAAGCCUUAUAACUUCAUUUCUUCCAUAUAUCCCAAGGGAGUAAGAAGCGAGAGGGAGGAAGGUUUGAGCUCCACAGAGAUCGAGAAGCUGCGGAAUGGGGAACAGCAGUUCUGUUAACUUGCCAGUAAUGGAGCAGGGUGCACCUAGGAGCAAAUCUAUGGUGGGAUUGAACAAAUGUAUUGUUUCUCUCAUCACCAUCGUUGGCUUUUGCCUGCAAUUGAAAUUUGCAAAUUCAUCUCCAGACUACAACAGUACAUUAUUGAUGAGGCUGUUUGUUAUCGACGUCUCGGCUUACUUCGGGUCAAUAGGUGUCAUGAUAAUCCAAAAUGAUCACGGUACAGUAGACUUUCGUAAAUUCAUGAAUAGGAUUAUCAUCAUGUUGGGAACUCUGGUUUUCACUUUAGAGCUGCUCAUCCUCUUUCCACCUUUUGGUUGGCUCGUUCUCUUCAUCUGGAGCAUCUGUUUUGUUAGUGUUGCGAGCAAGUCAUACCAAUACUUGAAAACAUUAUGUGAAAGUGGAGUCUCAGCUCUUGUUCUAGCCAUUGGUGAAUUGAAAGAGAAGCUAAUUGAUAUGCCGCUGGACUGA